ACGUCCGGAAAACAACUGAAAUUCGAGGACAAAGCGGCAUCUUCGAGAAAACAACAAACGGAAUCGGUCAUUUACCUCGAGUCCAGGUCUUUGUCUGGAAAAAAAUUGGCACUAACAGCUUCACACGCUACGACCGCAAGUUCAGAUUUGUGGUCUUUCGUCUUUCACGACCGAAGCUCAGCCCACGGUCUUGCGAAUACAACAGUACCUUGAAGGACCUCAUCGAUAGGUAUCCUAUCUCAUCCGAUAUAUAUCAGAGGCAACAACCAGCAAAAUCACCAACCCGAGAGAGAUACCGAACAAAUCCCCAUAACGACAGCCGUGAGCUCUGUCAAGCAACACCAAGCUUUCAUCAUCAACUACACCACGAGGGUACCCAACAGCAACAGGCGAUCAACACCACCGCCAAACCCCUUCUCUAAUCACACCACCCACCACCAAAUCACAAAAAAUGUCCCAACCCCUCUUCGGCCUCGUCCCCGCCGGCCAACCCGUAAUAAUCACCCCCACCGAAGCUCCCAGUCCCACCUCCUUCCUGUACGCCAUCCCACCCACCAACCCGAACUCUCCCCCCGGUUCCGCCAUCUCCAAGCCCUUUGGGCACGUCGUCGUCUUUCUUUUGCCUGGUGUAGUCCUCCCCCCGGGGACCGCAGCAGCCAUUUACCUCGUCACCCCGCCCUCUCCAGCGCUGGGGCAGACGACACCCAACUUUAAAUUUUUGGGAGGGAUUGGGCCGGGGAAGGAGAGUGCUAUUUUCAAGGUUGGACCUGGGGCAGGGACAACAGGGCCGGGAAGCAAGAACGUGGUGAUUGGGGUUUCGGUUGAGGAUGCGGAGAGUGUGGCUAGUAGGAUGGCUUCGUUGGGGACAACAACACCUGCAGCAGCAACAAGUGGUAAUGGAACAGAAGGGGCGUUGGUACCUGUUUCGGCAGAGCGGCAGCAGCCGAGCACGCUGGUGUUGGCGCAGAGGAUCAUCAAGAAUGCGUUUAACUUUCUAUCGAGCUAUACCGGGUCGACGCCAGGGCAGAUGGAGGUGGUGCCGCUGAAGGCGUUUGAGGAGUGGUGGAAGAAGUUUGAGAGUAAGGUGAGGACGGAUCCGGGGUUUUUGGAGAGGGAUGACGAUCAAUGAGUGACGAGCGGCCGAGUGCUUGGGAGACGUUCCCGGGGGAGAAUAGUGGGAAAGAAGUCGUUCCUUCCUGGCUGAUGGGCAGGGUUGGUUUGCGGACACAGGAAAGAGUUCGUGGUUGGAUAUAUCUUAGAUGCUUGAGGAGGCAAACAUACCCAGGUGUGAGAACAAUGGACAAGGAAACAAUGAUAUAGAGAGAUGUCGAAAUGUCCGUGAGUAAGAAUGAGGUAUUGAUAUAGAGAGAUGUCGAAAUGUCCGUGAGUAAGAAUGAGGUAUCUUGUUCCAAAAGUUUGUAAUAAAGCCGUACUAGCUAGCUGCUGGCAUUGAGAAAGAAUGAAGAAUAAAAAUGUACUGAG